GCAGCGAGUAGGUCCUUGAAGAACAACAAGAAAGGUUAAAGUUAAAAGUUCGAAGCAAAGAUGUUUUGGCAGGCUACGAGAUGUGUAAAGCAAAACUAUUCAAUAUUUAUCACGGAUUAAACAUAGUCUCUAAAGUAAUAAUAAUUAGAAAAUAAAUAUAGAAUCAAGUUUACAGGAAAAAAACGUAUGGUUUUUUGCGUUCUUUUCCCUGCGCAGGAAGUCCGGGAGUGGAUAGUUGCAGUGUUGAUUUGGAGCUGACAUCUUUGCUCGGCUGCACGUAAUACGUCCGUGGGCUGGCUGCACGGUUGGAUAACAUAGCAAGCUAGCUCUUAGCGAAGUUGGGGGUAAACAAACGUCUUAGAACAGACAAUUUCGACCUAAUACAAAACUAAAAGCUAUGGCAUUGCAGUUGUUGAGUUAAUAUACAGCACGCAUUGAUAACAGACACUAUGUCGACGACGUUGUUGCUGUUGUUGCAGAAACAUCGCACUGGUCUUUGUAGAAAAUACAGCACAGGUUUAUUGUGGACACUGUCAAGGCGAAACUCUCAUAUAUUAACAAACCAACCAAGAUCCGGCGAUAGUGGUAAAAAUGUGCUGCAUAGAUGCGCAAAUGUUAGAAAGAUGCUUCUUUCAAAAUCAGAACGGACACUUACAAGUGAGCCACAGAAACUCCUUCAUAGUCUCCUCCAUAGACCAUUGGGUCCUGGCAUGGUGGGAAUUAGCAAAGAGUUAAUCAGAAACAACCUGCUGAGGAACCCUGUUGGUUUGGUAAAUCUAUUAGGGGCACUAAACCUCUUCAGUACAUCUCAAUCUAAACAAGAGAAAAAUAAAAGUGAUGGACCAAAGGGAAAAACUCCAGAGGAAGAAGAAGAGGAGAAGAAACGUCGCGAGCAGGAGGACCAGAUGUAUCGGGAGCGUCUGCGGACCCUCUUCAUCAUAGCGCUCAUCAUGAGCCUGCUAAACUCCAUUAAUACCAGUGGUGGUAACAUCUCUUGGAAUGACUUUGUCAAUGAGAUGUUGGCCAAAGGAGAGGUGUCACGUGUGCAGGUUGUCCCUGAGAGCGACAUUGUGGAAAUCUACCUUCAUCCCGGAGCAGUUAUUUUUGGAAGACCUAGGCUGGCGCUUAUGUACAGAAUGCAGGUUGCCAACAUUGACAAAUUUGAAGAGAAGCUGAGAGCUGCUGAAGAAGAGCUGCAUAUUGAUGCAAAGGACAGGAUACAAGUGUCCUACAAACGCACUGGAUUCUUUGGGAAUGCAGUCUAUGCUCUGGGGAUGGCUGCUAUUGGCGUGGCUAUUCUCUGGUAUAUCUUCCGACUAGCAGGCAUGGGGGGCAGAGAAGGCGGUUUCAGUGCUUUUAAUCAGCUGAAGAUGGCCAAGUUCACCAUUGUGGACAGCAAGUCGGGUAAAGGUGUAAGUUUUAAAGAUGUCGCAGGCAUGCACGAAGCUAAGAUGGAAGUAAAAGAAUUUGUCGACUACCUCAAGAAUCCAGAACGAUACCUCCAGCUGGGAGCUAAAGUUCCUAAGGGUGCGUUGCUGCUUGGGCCUCCAGGCUGUGGGAAGACCCUGCUGGCUAAGGCUGUGGCCACUGAGGCCCAGGUGCCCUUUCUGGCUAUUGCUGGCUCUGAGUUUGUGGAGGUCAUUGGAGGCCUGGGUGCUGCCAGGGUAAGGAGUCUGUUCAAGGAGGCUCGAGGCCGAGCACCCUGCAUCGUCUACAUCGAUGAGAUUGAUGCUGUGGGAAAGAAGCGCUCCACCAACAUGUCAGGUUUCUCCAACACUGAAGAGGAGCAGACCCUCAACCAGCUGCUGGUAGAAAUGGAUGGAAUGGGAACGAAAGACCACGUCAUUGUCCUUGCUUCCACUAACAGAGCGGAUAUCUUGGACAAUGCUCUCAUGAGACCAGGCAGACUUGACAGGCACAUUUUUAUAGAUCUGCCCACACUCCAGGAGAGGAAGGAGAUCUAUGAGCAACAUCUAAAGAUCUUAAAGCUAACCCAACCAGCUGAUUUCUACUCCCUGCGUCUGGCCGAGCUCACCCCGGGCUUCAGUGGUGCAGACAUUGCCAACAUUUGUAACGAAGCGGCCCUGCAUGCUGCCAGAGAAGGACACAAGUCCAUUGAUACCUUCAACUUUGAGUAUGCAGUGGAGAGAGUAAUAGCAGGGAGUGCAAAGAAGAGCAAGAUCCUGUGUAAAGAGGAGCAGAGGGUGGUCGCCUUCCAUGAGUCUGGGCAUGCCUUAGUGGGAUGGCUUCUUGAACACACAGAGGCAGUGCUAAAGGUUUCCAUUGCCCCGCGAACUAACGCAGCCCUGGGAUUUGCCCAGAUGUUACCUCGUGAACAGUUUCUGUUCACCAAGGAGCAGCUGUUUGAGCGGAUGUGUAUGGCUCUGGGAGGAAGAGCUGCCGAGGCGAUCACCUUUAACAAGGUUACAACAGGAGCUCAGGAUGACUUGCGUAAGGUGACACGUGUGGCCUACUCCAUGGUGAAGCAGUACGGCAUGUGUGACAGUGUCGGCCAGGUCUCAUUUCCAGACAAUGAGCCGCAAGGUGCCGUUGGACGCCGUCCUUUCAGCCAGGGCCUGCAGCAACAGAUGGACCACGAAGCAAAGAUGUUGAUAGCCCGUGCUUACAGGCACACAGAGAAGCUGCUACAGGACAACAGAGACAAGCUGACACUGUUGGCCAAUGCGCUGUUAGAACGAGAGGUGGUGAACUACAGUGACAUUGAAGCCUUGCUCGGUCCACCCCCCCACGGACCCAAGAAGAUGAUCGUCCCGCAAAGCUGGUUGGAGGCUGAGAGGGACAAACAAGACACAGGAGAAGACGAACCUCAACCUCCCCCCCGUAAACACAGAGACGAGGACGUGAAUCAACAGCUGGUCUGAAAUCAAAAUUAUUCUCCAACUGUUGCGUUUAGUGGGGGUCAUCAGGCACCGUGUGAACAUUUUAAAGCCUUUAAUUGAUUCCUCACUUUGAAGCUUUAUAUGCCUGAAAGUAAAAUCAAACGUUUCCAUGCAGACAGUUAGCUGACACAUUUAGAUAAUGUGAAACAGGCCUAAACAAGCCAGUGCAACUUUGAUUAUUUUUGGAGGAAUUCAUAAUUUCUCAUGCACAGCCCAUUAUGCCUUGGAAGCACUCAAAAUAAAUCUAUUUAAACAAGAUGUCUCUAGUCUGAAGUGCAUAUAGUCUAGAAGAGCCCUCAUCAACAGUUACUGUAUGUGCAAUCAACAAUUAAAUGCUCUGUCUUAGAAGUCCCAAACACCGUACGAAUAUCUGAAACUAACGUGGCGUCACUUUUAUGCAAACAUACUGCAGCAUAUACAGGUUUGGAUUUAAGUUUUACUUUUGAGAAUUUAUUUCAAAUCUGCAAAAGCACCUGCUAGCCAUUUGUAUCUCAAGUAAUUCUGUCUCGAAAAGUUGAAUUUAGGGGUGAAUAUUCUACUUGGAGAUGACAUGCAACAAAUAUAUUUGUAUUCAUUUAAGAGACUCACAUCGACACAAAGUCUGCAUUAUUGUGUUUGGUUUGCAAAUGAGUUGCAGUAAAGAAUUAUAACCGAUUGCUGUGGGCAUUUAUCCGUUAGAGUUUGUGCUCAAGUAUUUACAUUAUUUUGACUUAAGGGUUAAUGAGGAAACAUUAAGGCCAAAAUAAAACAUCUGAUUAUUUAGCGGCAGAUAUUACUGUGAGACAUACAGAUUAAAUAAGUGGAAGUAGGGUUUUCUUUGGAAGUCCUUGUGUUAAUAGGGACUGUGUAUAUAUUGUCCUAAAGAUGGUGUUGUUGAAUAUUAAAAAGUUUUAUUUACAU